AUGUGCACCUGUGUCAUCGAAGACAACGACACAGGAGGAGGAGACAACCACCACAUCUUCACCUCUACCACCACACUAAGCACCUCCGAAGAACCUUCAACUUCAGCAGAAACCCCUACAACCACCACUACAACAGAAGCGCCAAGUACGACCACCGAAACGCCAAGUACGACCACUGAAACGCCGAGCACUCCCUCAGAAUCCACAACAACUGCUGAAGCGACGACGACAACCACCACAGAUGCCAUAUCCAGCACUACCAAAGAAGAACAAAUGAAAGUACUGGAUUCGAGCUCGAAGUUUGCUAUGGGAUCGCUUGAGGCGUCAGCUGAAGUCAAAAAGGACAAAGAAUCACCAUCAACUACGACAACAGUGACCACUACCACCACAAAACCAAUCACUAGCACCACCACUGAACCAUCCACAACACAAAGCACAACCACUAGUCGGAGCACUCAAUGUGAACGACGGAGGGCUUCUGCAGCAUCUUCGUCAAUCCGGGGCGGCUUUGUCCCCGCAUGUAAUGCUCAUGGCGGUUUCGAGAAAGUACAGUGUGAACCAGAUGGUCGGCAGUGCUUCUGUGUGGAUGUGAGGGGAAUCGAAAUCGCUAACAGUCGCACUCGUAACGGACAAAAACCUGACUGUGAUGGAAUUCAAUCUUCUUCUGUGCCAAAGACAAAGGAAUGUGUGGGAGGACCAGCUCGUGGACCCUGUUCUGCAGCGUUGACUCGAUGGUACUACGACGAGCAGGAAGCAAAAUGCAAGGUAAUCUCUUUUUGA